AGAAAGACAAUGUCUGAAAAACCAGGUGUGUUAGGAUUCAUAAGAAAAUAUAUAUAGAGUAAUCUGACUUACUACGCCUAGCAAUCUGCCAUCUCUUCGAACUUCAAAAGUUGGAAUACCCCGGGCCCUCCUCGUUCGGUGCAGAAAAGCAACGAACACCUGCGCGCGAGAAACCCGCCCCCGUCGCCGUCGUCGGCCUCCAGCCGCCGCGGGCGAUGGGUUGCUUGUUACCCGAUCAGGCGUUCGUGCGGCUGCGGAACCGCACGUACGGCAUGUACCUCUACGCCCACGAGGACGGCGCGGCCGUCGUCCUGAAGCCGCACCGCGCCUGCCUGCAAACGGUGUGGCAGUUGCACCGGAUCCUGCGCGCCGACCGCAACCUCAACUACAUCCUCUUCCGCAGCGCCGCCUACGGCCGGUACCUCACCCUCUCGCGCGAGACGUCGCCGAUCUACCCCGGUCAUAGUCACCAAGUGAACCACACGUUCCAGGGCGUCUACGAGACCCCGAUGCAGGACGACGUCCUCUGGGUGAUUGCCUCUGCGGACAACCUCCACGCCGUCAUAUUCCACGCCACUUACCGUGUCCUCCGCUCCAGCCCCUCGAACAUGCUCCUCUUCGGUCACGCCUUCGUCGUCGGCGACAUCUAUCACCCGGUCAAUUACGGCACCACUAUACAUUGGACGGUUGAGGAAAUUCCCGUGAGACCAGAACCACCAGUCAUUCACCUCCCAACUGACUGUCCAUUUGUCACUUCUGGAUAUCUGGCGCGGGGGAUCAUAUACAUGCGGGCAGAUGAUCACGGGAACGUCAACCCACGCUCCAGGGGAUGCUGGUUAUUCUACGGCAACUGCUUGUUGCAACUGAGAGCCGACCUAGCGAAGCUGCUCAAGGAACCGGCCGACUGCAUCACGCUAUGCGUGCGGGCCGGCUCCCAAGGGCGGCUGACCCCUUUGGUCAUCGAUCUGCCUUCCAACGAUAGUGACAUGGAGAUCAUUGUCCUCACCACCAUGUCACCGGCGGUUUUGGCAUUGCGUCACCCAGAUGUUGAUGCAUGGUAGAAGAAUACAAAAGCAGGAUUUCUCAACACCACGGUUCGAGUACUACAAAUGAGUGAAGCACUAUGUGGGGUGAACGAUUCUGCACAGUUUCAUUGUUUGUAAUUGCCAACUUCAUAUAUGUAGAUGAUAACAAGAACACGUUCCCUUCUGAAAGAAACGAAGUAAAUGUUGGUAGUUUACUCUGUAUCUUGUUCCCUGGAUGUGGAGGAAUGGAUUCUUUCAUUUACGUGAUGAAAUAAAAUCCCAAAUCUGAA